UCCCGUACGCUUUUGUGAGACAGAGGUCAGAGGCACCGAACUCCGUUCCGUUAACCCAGAGGCCAGAACUUCGCUCGUGUCUCCGUUGGCCAAACUCUCCGUUAACAUUUCCGCAGUGGCUUUUCUUGUUAUGUCAGAAGCUUCAAGGGGGAUGCUUGCUGGAGCUGAACACACUAAUUUAGGACCAGAUUACUUUGGUUACUAUAUAGGUCAAGUAGUGGGGCUCUUAUCACAUGAUGAUGAUUUUCUGCCUUUUGCUUCCCAAACAUCUGACUUAUCUGGAAAAGCAUGUGGGGAGGUCAUAGGGAAUGAUACAACUGAGCCCAGGACGAAUGUUUCUGGUUCUUUAUUUAGUAACAGCAUAGGAACUGGACUUUCAGACUUCAAAAAAGAAAGAUUGAAGGUAUUGCUGCGGCAGGGUGUGAUUGUUCUGUCACCACAAGUUGAUGAGAUGCUGGAUCCUAUUCUAUCUCUUGUCCAGUUACAUUCCCAAGUAAGAGGAAGAAAGCAUCCAUCAAGUCAUACAGGUGCAGCAUAUGAUGGUGAUGCAGGGCAGGUUCUGCAUAAGAAACUAAAGACUACAGAAGGCCCUAGGGAGAGAGCUUCUCUGGAGGAGCCUAAGGGAAAGGAGUCUCAUUUGGAAUCAAACAUAGGCUCUGAGGAUGACAAUGGAGAGGUGGAUAAUGUUUUGCAGUUCUUUCUAGAGAAUGAUAGCUUGGAGUUUGAGGAGAUAGUGAAGAAAUAUUCUGAUGAACUAUCUGAAACAUUAAGGCACAUGGAGCAGCAGCUUGAGAAGCUUCUUGAUACUGUCAUGUCUAGUUGCAGGCCUAUGACUCUUACUGAGAAGCAACAGCUCCGUAAACUGAUCCAGAACCUACCACCAAAAAACCUUGACCGCGUUGUGGAAAUCAUCCAACAUGGCAAGCUGACAGAAGCACAAUCUCGUGAUGAGUUUGUUGUCGACCUCGAAAAAGAGGAUAAUAGAACACUUUGGAGACUGUACUACUACAUUGAAGCAGUUGAAAAGGCUAGAGUGCUCUCGUUGUAGCUCAAUCUUUCUCAUUUUUUUUCGUAAGUCUCGGAAGCCCGACACGUGAAUUCACAUAAUGCGCACACAGCACAGUGUAGCUUAAUCUCAACGAAGCAGAGCGCAUACCUUUUUUGAGACGAAACACAUUCUGUUUGUAAAAUCAUAUUCAAUAGAGAUCAGAUCUUCUUCAUGCCACGAAAAAUCUGCGAAGGCAUUAACAGUCAUAAUGGCUCAUCAGAAUUAUCUUUUUAGAGACUUUUAGUAAGGCUAACAAGUCUCCACACUGACUAGGUUUUUGGUAAACAUACAAAAUUGCGUAAUUUGAGCACCAAGAGCGGGCAAAUGCCUUGAUUUGUUGAACAUCUAUGCCCAGCAGGUUUCGAUCUUGUUGCACUGCAAUAGGACAGUCCACGUGAGAGCCUGCACAUGCUUUACUUACUCGGAUAAGUGUAUGGGCAGCUCAAGCAGGUGAGGCUUGGACAGGCUCUGACAUGAGCAUGACCACCAGCAAGUGUGAGAAGAAUACAAGUCGCUGCAUAUAACACGUUUAUUUUGCGGAAUGAUGAGUUAGUUAUCAAAUGCCCGAAGUGGUAUUGACUGGCAAUUGUAACACCCAUUCAUUUGCAUCCGUUUCUUUUUCGUUUGCUAGGGCUUCAUUUUACAUCCUAACUUUGGCCAUUUAGGGAUACUAUGGUUUGAUGAUCAGAAAUGUAACCAUUGGACUGCAGUUUGCCUUCCCAGCAAAAGGAAACGCAUUUCUUUCUGGGAUGUCUUCUCAUUUCCUCAUUGAUUGUGCAACAGAGUAAAACAUUUGGAAGAAUUAUGAUUAUGCAAUAUGGAAGAAGAAAUUAUUCCA